CGACGCACGCCGCCGCCGCCGCCGUCGUAGCGUAUUAUUAUUAUUACUAUUACCGCACCACGGCGCCGGACCCCGCGAGCGCUGUUCACUUGUGCGUAUUGUUUUCGCGCCUCUGAACAUCGGAAGUUCCGGUGUGCACAGUUUGCUGAGCAACCCGACGGCACGGCCGUCGGCCCGACCGAGAAACGAUAUAACAACAAUAAUAUAGUAUUGUACGCGGGUGAAAAAUAUAACAUAAUAUACAAUAACCGUAUAUAUAAUAUUAUAACGACGACGACGACAAUGAGCUCGGUAGUAAUAUUUUGCGCGGGCGACGGUUUUAAACUGUACGACAUCGACGAUUUCAAAAUACGCGAUUUCAUAGUACCGCAGGAGGCACAUGCGUAAUAUAUUGUUUUACAUCCGAAGAAAAAAUACAGUCCGUUCGUCUCGGCAUUAUUCAUCCGCACUCCGGCGCACGCAUAAAAUAGUAUAUUAAUAACAUCACUAUUAUAAUAUUAUUAUUAUUAUUUUCGUCACCGCCGUUUUUGAUAUUUACGUCCGCGGAUCAUAUGCGAAAAUGGAACGCAGCCGAUCAAAUCAUUAGCAUCCAAUGCAAUAUUAUUCAAAUAUUAUAUUGCACACGCGUUCGUUAAAAAUCCAUCGUCAUAAACGGACGUUUAUGGGCGGCAUGAUACGUUCAAAUGAAUUUUUCAUUUUUUGUCUACUCAUUAUGCUACAAGGACGUAACUCACCUACUGAUAAUAAUUUCGUACGCAAAUAGUAUGCUACCAAGUAGGUAACCGGUCUGGUGUACAGUUGGUUUCGAUCGAGUACCUCGUAAUUGAGCAAGUCACAGUAUUCAUCUUUCAUCAGUAACAUAAAAUUGUUGAACGUCCGAAUAGCCAACCAUACGGUAUUAGGCAGUAGUACAAAACUAGAGUGCAUGUACGACCUAGAAGGAGAAAAUUUGUAUUCAGUCAAAUGGUACAAGAACGGGGACGAGUUCUUCAGAUAUUUACCCAAAAGCAAACCAAAAAUACAAGUUUUCGAAAAACAAGGCAUUUAUAUUGACAUCGAUAAAUCAAAUUCAAACGAAGUCGUGCUCAAGUCUUUAGAGCUGUCAAGCAGUGGAACUUAUAGGUGUGAAGUGUCGGCGGAGGCUCCGUCGUUCCAAACCGUAUUCCAAGACAGAGAUAUGAUUACAGUGGCAGAAGGUCCACAGAUCGCCGGUCUUCACCACGAAUACAAUGUCGGGGACACUGUAAACGCCAACUGUACGUCGAGUAAGAUGCAAUUCCACGCCCAGCUCAUUUGGUACAUUAACAAAGAAAAGGCCAACUCUACGGUUGUACAAGGACCGUACUACAAGGAGCACUUUACAGGUAGCGAACGACUUGUGACAACUGUACUUGGACUCAGCUUUAAUGUGACCGAUGGUCAUUAUAAGAGUGGUGAAAUAUAUCUGAAAUGUGUGGCUAGACUUCCUUCAUUUUAUUUACACUCAGAUGAAAAAGUUGUUAAGUUCACCAAACGGCCUCCUACAGAAUCAAUAAUUUCUAACCAAGUUCAACAGGCUAAAAUACAAGAUAAAACUUCAAUCAGUGUACAAAACACACCGAACAUUAUUCAUCUGGCAUGUGUUUUGCUGUUCUGUCUGCGAAACAACAGAAAUGUACAAGUUGCAUACUAAUUACGAAGAAAUAAACACAUUAUUUGUAAUUGUAUUGUUAUUGUAAUUCUCAAAAUAAUCGUAGUUUAUAAUAACAUUGUAAUAUAUUGUUUAUUUCCUACACAUUUUUAAUGUAACUAUAUAUAGUGUUAUAAUAUACGAAAAAAAGUUAUUCAAUUUA